GAUGUAAAAUAUUAGUAGAUAUAAAUAAAACUUCAACAAAAAUGCAUGUUACAUUAACAAUGAAAUAUAUACUGAAAUAUAUCAGAUAGACUACAAAGCAAGACAAGUUACAUGUGGACCCAAGAUAGCAUUUUAUUGACCACAAGCAGUAACUGCCAGUUCUCUUCAUGAACCUUUAGUACAUUUUUUGGUUAUGAGAAAUGGAUGCAGAAGGAGAUUACGAAAGUCACAGCUGCGUGAAUCUGACUCUGACACAUGGAAGAGUACACGUCUGGAAUGCCAAAGAUGCAGAUCUUCUUCGCAGGUGUUACAGAAUUGUCGGUAAUUUGGUUGGUGCUCUCCCUCGGAAUCCUCACCAGGUACAGAUGUUGGGACUUCCCCUCCAGCUUAUGCCAGAAGAGGUUACUUUAUUAAUUGAAAAGGAUUUUGCAAAGUUGGUAGAAUAUGAAGAAAUGAAAAAGGAGCCAGCAUCUGAACUGAAGGAAAUAUUCAAUGACUGCCGGGAGCGGUGUUAUGAAGAACAAGUUGUAGCAGCGGCUGAACAGCGGAAAAGAGAAAUAGAAGUCAUUGCAGAUAAAAUCCUUUCUGGUAAACGAAAGAAGUUAGAAAAGCGGAUGAAAAGCACACCGGGAUCUGUCACAGAGGCGGAGCUGAAUGAACUUACUCACGAGAAAGUCAUUGAAGAAGAAUGCAAAAAGAUUCAGAGAUUGCCAGAGCAUCUUCAGGUCUGUGAGAUAUUUGUUGAAAAUCCCUUAAUAAAAAGACUAACCCCAAAGGAGGCCAGAUGGUCUUUCCCUUCAAGUAACACUGAGAAACUGAGAUAUGCUGUUUUUAAAGAUAUGUGGGAAAGAGAUUAUUACUUAACAAAUGGUAUCAAAUUUGGUGGAGACUUCUUAGUGUAUCCAGGAGAUCCAGUCCUGUUUCAUGCAAAAUUUAUUGUGAAAUGUGUGGAAGAUGUAGAUCAAGUGAACAUCCAUGACCUUGUGACCUGGUCUCGCAUAGGCACAUCAACUAAAAAGACUUUGGUGGUUGCAAGUCUUGGCUCAACCAAGAAAGUGGAAUAUAAGUCUUACCAGUGGGUAGAAGGAGAAAAUCAUGUAAUUGAAGAAAUGUGAGUUUUUUUUGUGUAACUGAAGGAAAUUAAGGUUCAGAUCAUGUUAUUUUUUUAUUCUUUAUUGGUAUCAUUGCUGUUCUUUUAAUAAUUAUGAAAUAUCUUCAUAUGCAGACAAUUUUUAGAAUAUGAGAAGUAAACCUAUUUUUCAAGUUUACUCUUAGAUGAACAUUUAUAUGUAUUGUGGUUUGUUACACUUCAGUGGUUUGUGGGAAAAAGCAUGUAAGGCUAUUUUCCGUUGUUAUACAUUGUGAUACUGUGAUGCAUUACAUAAAUAAAAGACACUUAUAGUUA